GGGAGCCGCUUCCGGGCCCGGCCAAACUUGCGGACCACGCGGCGCUCGGAGGGGCGAUGCGGCCGCUGACGGAGGACGAGACCCGCGUCCUCUUCGAGAAGCUCGCCCGAUACGUCGGCGAGAACAUCCAGCUGCUGGUGGACCGGCCGGACGGCACCUACUGCUUCCGCCUGCACAAGGACCGCGUCUACUACCUCAGUGAGAGGCUUCUGAAACUGGCCACCAAUAUUCCACGGGACAGCCUGGUGUCCCUGGGCACCUGUUUUGGAAAGUUCACCAAGACCCAGAAAUUCCGGCUCCAUAUCACCGCCCUGGAUUACCUCGCCCCUUAUGCCAAGUACAAAGUCUGGGUGAAGCCUGGGGCAGAGCAAUCUUUCCUUUAUGGGAACCACCUCUUGAAGUCCGGUCUGGGGCGCAUCACUGAGAGCACUGCUCAGUACCAAGGAGUGGUGGUGUAUUCUAUGGCUGAUGUUCCUCUGGGAUUUGGGGUGGCAGCCAAAACCACCCAGGAGUGCCGAAAAGUGGAUCCCAUGGCAAUUGUAGUGUUUCACCAAGCAGACAUAGGCGAGUACAUACGGCACGAGGAGACACUGACUUAAUGAACCGGGCUGAUUUCCUCCCCGCGCUCUCUGGAAGCCGGAUACCUUAAAAACUGCUGUGCUUUGGAUUAUGUCAUCCCCUUUUUGUGUAACCUGGAAGGACUGCUGAUAGAUGAAAUACAAUCGUUUCCCAGUCCGAAACGUUUAACAUGUGACCAGUACCUACGCUUGCUAGUUGGACAACUUGUAAAACUUUGGGAUAAAGCUACAACUCUUAGUCAAAUUAUUUGAUGUUGUUAUUCACAUUACUCACGUUGAGCUCUGGGAGCUGAUAAAAAUGCCAUUUCUGUUA